CGAUGCUGUUCCCGAGACGGAGAAAUAAGCAAUGAAUAUACCAUAUCAGACAGGAUGGAAUUGGAAAGAUGCAGCAUUGGAAUAUCGAAGAACAGGAAGCACAUGUGACUGAAUAAAUAGAGAAGAUGAGGGACAUCGGAUGUAUAAGAUCGGGCAAGGCAGUGUAUUACUAUAUGCAUGCAUGAUUUCUUUUUCAGCUCAUAUUUAUACCCUCGUCCAGUCUCGUCUCUUCCCAUUUUCUCUUUCAUUCUACUUUCAAUUGUUCGUGAUAUUCUUCUCCGCUCUCCUUUACCUCUUCGUCUCUGUCUCUGUUCCAAUCUCCAGUCUGGGCUUGACUUUGACUCAUCUCAUUGAUCUAUCAGCAUCUCCGACCAUCUCUAUAUCCACUUUUCCUUUUCUUAUUUUUUUUCCUCAUCCAUUUUCUUUUCGAGUGAUACUGUAUCUAAGUAACUGCACCUGUACUUGUACCUUUUCUUUUUCAUGUUUAGCAUCUCGGUCAAAAAGAGAGGAGAGAGAGAGAGCGAAGUAGAAUGAAUAGACAUAGAUGAUUUCAUUUCCAUCCGUUUUUAUUCUUGAUUUAAGUAAUGUAGUAGCAACUGAUGUACAUUCUGAUAUAAGAUGAUUUCUAAUUUAACUGGCUGGCUCAUGUGAGUGAGUGAACGAUAGGGUAAGUGUAUAUGCAUGUUGCAUUUCCAGGCAGGAACUAGAAGAGAUCACAUCA